UGUUGUUAAUGUUUCCCACUGUUUGAUGCAUCCCUCUAUAGUUCGUACCACGAUUAAAGAUAAAUCCACAUAUGUAUGUAGACAGUAAACUAUUAUUAUUAGACCUUUUGGAAAUUCGGACUACGACAUUUCGGUACAAAUGGUCAUUGUUAUCAGCUGGUUGGCGCGUCAGUCGAUAGUCACGGAACAAAGGCAAGGCACGGUGGAGGAGUAGAAAAAAAAAACCAGAACGUCGUUGUUCCUCGUUAGUCUACGCAUUCACAUAACCGCCUUCUGUUACUUUCUAUCCAUCCGUUCAUUUUCGUUUCGAAGUAACGGCCGUCGCGCCUUCGGUCUCCGCCGUAGAGAUUACCGGUUUUUGUACGUCCAUUCGCUCGAUACAAUAAACGAACGUCGUUUUCUUUGCCUAUAUUUUUCUCCCUAUCCGGCCGCCAUCAUGAUCGGCGGACUUUUCAUGUACAACCACAAGGGUGAAGUACUUAUAUCCCGUGUGUACCGCGACGAUAUUGGUCGUAACGCUGUGGACGCUUUUCGUGUCAACGUCAUACACGCCCGUCAGCAGGUCCGGUCGCCGGUCACAAAUAUCGCACGCACGUCGUUCUUCCAUAUACGCCGGGCCAACAUUUGGCUGGCCGCCGUCACUAAACAGAACGUCAACGGAGCCAUGGUUUUCGAGUUCCUCAUCCGGUUCACACAGGUAAUGCAAUCGUACUUCGGUAAAAUCAACGAGGAAAACAUCAAAAACAACUUUGUGCUUAUCUACGAGCUGUUGGACGAGAUACUGGAUUUCGGGUAUCCUCAAAACUGUGACACUGGCGUGCUCAAAACGUUCAUCACCCAAACUGGCGUCAAGUCGCAGAGCAAGGAGGAACAGAUGCAAAUUACGUCUCAGGUCACAGGCCAGAUCGGCUGGCGUCGCGAAGGCAUCAAAUAUCGACGCAACGAACUGUUUUUAGACGUACUGGAGUACGUCAACUUGCUGAUGUCGCCACAGGGUCAAGUGUUGUCAGCACAUGUCGCCGGUCGCAUCUUGAUGAAGUCAUAUCUGAGUGGCAUGCCUGAGUGUAAGUUUGGCAUUAACGAUAAGAUUGUCAUGGAAUCCAAAGGCACUAAGAUUCUCGAUGAGACAGGUUCUAGGACCGCUUCUGGUAAACCAGUUGUUGUCAUUGACGACUGUCAAUUUCAUCAGUGUGUGAAACUUUCAAAAUUUGAAACUGAACAUUCCAUAAGCUUCAUUCCGCCUGACGGUGAAUUUGAAUUGAUGCGUUAUCGUACUACUAAAGACAUAUCGUUGCCUUUCAGAGUGAUACCAUUGGUACGCGAAGUGGGCCGUACACGUAUGGAAGUGAAAGCUGUGUUGAAAUCCAAUUUCAAGCCAUCUUUGUUGGGACAGAAAAUUGAAGUAAAAAUACCUACUCCUCUAAACACUGCUGGUGUACAACUUUUGUGUUUGAAAGGCAAAGCCAAGUACAAGGCUUCAGACAAUGCUAUCGUAUGGAAAAUCAAGAGGAUGGCCGGCAUGAAAGAAACUCAACUAUCUGCUGAAAUUGAUCUUUUGGAAACUGACACUAAGAAAAAAUGGACCAGACCUCCAAUCUCAAUGAACUUUGAAGUGCCUUUUGCACCAUCUGGUUUUAAAGUCAGGUAUUUGAAAGUUUUUGAGCCAAAGUUGAACUAUUCUGAUCAUGAUGUUGUCAAGUGGGUCCGUUAUAUUGGACGCAGCGGAUUAUAUGAAACAAGAUGUUAAACAAAUAUAUAUAUUCAUAAACAAUAAUAAUUAUAAACUAUCUACCUACUAUUCUCAUCAAAUUAUUUACCAAAUUAUUAUUACAUUUUUAUUUAUUUAUAUACCUGAGUAUCUUAAAUAUAUUAUUCAAAACUAUUUAAUCAAUUAUAUUAUUAUAAUUAUUAACCAUAGUCCAUAGUGUACGCUAUAUUGUCGCAGCGGUAAAUUAACUAUUCGCGUCUAGUUAUUUGUGUUCAUUUUAUUUAAAUGAUUAAUAUUAUUACAUUGUCGCAGAAGUUCAUUAGAUCAUUUGAUUUAUUAUAUUAUUUUUAUAUACUUAUUUUUUUUCGAUCUGCUUGUAUUUUUACUAUUUAUUGUAAUCUGUUAUACACAGAUAUUACUUUAAUUACUAAUUAUUGUAAUGUAAUACAAAGUUUAAUUGGGUCUAGUUUAUAGUACCCAAUUUAUUUUAUAUUAUAGUUUUACAAUAAGAUCAGUUCUUAUUUACAUAUGUUUAGUUUAUAAUAUUAUAAUAGUUUAACUGUAGUAAAUGUUUUAAAGAAGUUAGUAUUUUUUUUGUAGGUCCAUUGAAGGACAAUUUUAAAUUAACAGGAAAUAAUAUUUUAUUGUCACUUAAAAAUAUUGAAAAGAGUUCAUUGCUUCAUUAAAUAAAUUGAACACAAUAGCCUCCUGUGCAUAUAUGAUUUAUAUAAAUUAAACUCAAUAAAUUGAAU